AUGCCUGCUGCUACCACUCCCCCAACGGUCCCUCAGACCAAAGACCUCGCUGUCCCAAGACCGACUCUACUUUCGAAUCAGAAUAAAGAUAUGGCGAACACCAAACGGAAGAUCAUCUGUUUCUCAGACUUCGACGGCACAAUCUUCAUGGAAGACACCGGCCACAUCCUCUUCGACGCCCACGGCUGCGGCCCAACGCACCGCACCCUCCUCGACUCACAAAUAAAAUCCGGCGAACGCUCCUUCCGCGACGUCUCCGAAGAGAUGUGGGGCUCCCUCCACAUCCCCUUCGACUCCGGCUUCGACGUAAUGCGCACCAGUCUCUCCAUCGACCCGGACUUCCGCACCUUCCACAGCUACUGCAUCGCGCACUCCAUCCCCUUCAACGUCAUCUCCGCGGGGUUGAAACCCAUCCUGCGCCGCGUGCUGGACGAGUUCCUAGGCGAGGACCAAGCAGCACAUAUCGAUAUCGUGGCGAACGAGGCGGAGAUUAGUGAGAGUGGGGAGACGUGGAAACCGCUUUGGAGACAUGACACCGAGCUGGGUCAUGAUAAAGCUCUUUCCAUCACGGAAGCCCGCACACAAGCUAACCUCGAAUGCGACGAUGGGACCAUCCCACUCAUCGUGUUCAUCGGGGACGGGGUCUCCGACCUCCCUGCAGCGAGGGAAGCGGAUGUUCUGUUUGCUAGGAGGGGCUUGAGGCUAGAGGAGUACUGUGUGGAGAAUCGGAUUCCGUAUUUGGCGUUUGAUACGUUUGAGGAUAUUAGGAGGGAGAUUGAGAAGUUGAGGGUUGAGGAUGAGCUUAAGACUGGGGGCAGGGGGGUUCCUGUUAGGUUUAAUCCCAGGGCGAAUAUGUGGAGGAGGGUUAGUUCGCAGAGGGCGGUGCCGUUGCUGGUUGCGAAGACGCCGAGUAAGGAGGAGAGGAUGUUUUUGUGGCCGGAAGCUUUCUCGGAGUUUAAGCCGCAGGGGCCGGGGAUCGCGGAGGGUGUUGCUGCGUAG